CCUGACUUAAGCACAGUUAUUUAUCUGAUCAGAAAUAUGGCAUUUGGUAAUUUCUACUCCGCCAGCUGUUUGCUACUGCUGCUGACUUUGAGCUGGCGCACAUCCACUGGACUCCCGCUGCGCACAGGUCUGAGCGCAGAAAAGAGUGCAGACUGCUCAUUGAUCUUUAGGGAUCUCCUCCAGAAUAUCACAGGACUCCUCAGCAAUAGUGAUUUGUGGCAUCACAUUACCACAAAUACAACGGUGGUUAGCAGUCAAGCUGAGACAGUACUGGCCUGCGCACCCACUCUGACUCAGAACUCAACCUGCAUGAGGCAAAGAAAUUCAACUUUCAAUGAGAGUGAAUGUCUAAUGAACAUCAUGAAGGACUUGGCCCACUAUUCUGCUGUUAUUCAGUCCUACAUCAACUCAAAACUCAGAAUGCGUGAAAUGGAAGAACCACUUCUUAAGUCAACUCUGGAAAUAAUACAGAACCUGAGGAAGAGCUGCUCCCUGACGCCAAAUGGAGAGAACAACAUUCCAGAGAAGGUUCCUGCAAAUAUCUGGGUAGAAAACUCAUUCGAUAACCGACAGGAGAUGCUUAAACUUCUGAGGGGCUUCAGGCUCCGAGCCAUCACCAUCAACAGAGCUUUGGGCUACAUUUCCUCAGGACACCACAGGAAGUAAACAUCCUGCAGCCUCAUCCCUAUCAUUUGCAACUUCCACCCAAGUAGCCUUUUCACCACAUAACAAUAUUUAUUUAAAUAAUUUAUUUAUUAUAUUUAUUUAUUUAUGUAUUUAUUUAUUUGGUGGCCUGUGAUGUUAUAUGUUAUUUAUUCUUAGUAUUUUUUUUUUUACGAAGUACAUAAAAUGGAAGUGAAUCUUUGCAAAUAAAAACUGAUGACAUGUAAA